AUGAAAGUCGACCAUUUGAACACCACUCAGGCGGGUGAUACCCUGUACGCCGCCAUGGUGGAAAAACCCAUGUUCAUCUAUAAAGCCAUAUCCGCGAAGAAAGCUGAAAUUGGUGACAAAUUCCUACCACAAUUCGUUAAGAGCGUUAUAGACAAGCACACACGUGUGCACGUGGCGGUGGCAACACACGCCAUGAAACACGAUGUUGCAUCCCGAGCGUGCGAGAUAGUGGUGAUCGACGAGGCUGCUCAAUUGCUAGAAGCACAGUUAGUGGGGCUGAUAGAUGCGAGUGUAGGACACCUUAUGUUGUGUGGAGAUCCGAAACAGUUGAAGACAUAUGUCGUCAGCAAUGAACUGGUUGGAGCGCACCUCGAUCGGAGUUUAUUUAAGCGGCUAGUGGAUACACUAGGCUAUGAGACGGCUACGCUAGACACCCAGUAUCGCAUGCAUCCGCUGGUUAGCAGGUUUAUGAACAGGCGCUUCUACGGAGGCCACCUGGUGGACAGCGAAAAAAUACUGCAGGCCACGUCAGCCCAGAACACGGUGAGUUGGCACAAGGAAGAAGGGUUUGGCCCUCUGAUGUACUAUGCCCAUCAGGAUUCGGAGCGAGAGGAAGAUUACAAGGGCAAUAUGUUCAACAUGAAUGAGGCCAAACCGAUUAUGUGGCGCGUGUUCCGCUUCCUGAACCGAUUCCCCACUGUACAGCCGAAUACCACUACUAGCACACCCCCGAGAAAGGCCGAUAGUUCAGCGGUGGUAUGCACACGGCAGCCGAGUGUGGGCAUCGUGUGCCUGUUUGAGAAUCAGAAACAAGUGUUGCUGCGUAUGGCGGAGUCACUGUUGGGAGGAUAUAGGAAACAAGUGACGGUGGGGACAGCAAUGGACUUCCAGGGCCAAGAACCUGAUGUCAUCCUGGUGUCACUGACCGCCACAGGCAAUGCCACCAAGCUUCUGCGGCAACACGACACCAUGACUAUCAUUACGCGUGCCGUGCAUUCGCUGUGGGUGUUUGGGGAUGAACGGUUGAAAUAUCAGCAUGCGGACGAUAAUGUAUUUAUGAAAGCGCAGGAUCAAGACACUGCCCUGGAACUUUCGGUGUGGGGCGAGCUUACAGAGUUCUGCAAGGAAGAAGCGGCUGCCAAGUACGUAGAAAAGGGCAUUGACACACUCACCGAGCGCGCGUUGAAGGCCAACCAUGUAGACGAGAAGUUCCUUAAGGCACUGACCAAUUACGAACCGUCCAAGCAAGUGGUGGCAAUGCCCCUCUCGUGGGUUGAGGGCAGUGUGAAAGAACUCAAGAACGCCAUCCUACUGCGGAGUGAGGGAGAUAUCUGA